UUGAGUGCGACGACCGUUGCAUCAUCAACACAAGCACAGAUGACUUCCAUCUUUGGCCAACCGACGCGGAGCCAGCCUCCAGCGUUCAAUCCUUUCGCGACAAACUCGGGGGCCGGAGACAGUUCAUUUGGUAUUGAUGAUGCAGGCGACUCGAACCGGUCCAAGCGAAACAAGCGACCCUUGCGACCUGCCGACAAGAGCGACAACGAAGGCAAGCGAAAGUCGAACAAAGACGCCAACAUGAGCGACAGCGGGAAGCAGAAGAAGUGGAAGGCGGAGGAGAGGAAGAGGAAGAACGGCGACGUAAAGAAGAGCUUUGAAAGCGUUAAAGCCCUCAAGAAGGCGCCCAAGGACGCGCAGACCAACGGCUUCAAUCCUUUCACGUCGACGCGUGAUAACGAAUCGCGACCAACCUCAUCCUCGAGCACCGAAUCGCAAACUGACGGAAUCCCGAAAGCGUACCACUCGAACGAUCCGCAAGCCAGAAAGGUUUACGAACAGCUUCGAAAAGACAACAUCUUUCCUCCGCCAUGGCCGUCGCAGCCCGGAAACCCCAAGAACAAGGGCGAGGUCGGCAAGUUUCGCGAAAAGUACGAAGCCUACCGCAGCAAGGCGCGCGCGUCGUUGACAAGGGCUGGCCUGAUCGAUGAUCCCGACAAGCGAAAGACUCUUCAAGAUGCCAUUGACUUCAAGGGUAUUUGCGAGGAGAUGUGCCCCGAAUACGAAAAGAUCCAGCGCAUCAACGAAAUGGACGUCCAUCAACCUGAAAAGAACCCCAAGACGACCUUUCCCAACACCCGUCGCAUGGUCAAGAAGCUCGCACGCUCAGCCGCUGGUCAGGAAGCCCCUCUACCUAUGGACGUGCGAUCUGUGCCAGCUCUCCGGAGGACGUUCGACUACCUCAUUGACGAGUUACUACGAAAUGACGACAACCUACCAUCCUUGCACGGCUUUCUCUGGGAUCGCACACGAGCAAUUCGCCGAGACUUUACCUUUUUCUCAUCGCUCAAUCCUGAAGAGAUGAAAACACAGGUUUACGUACUCGAGAACAUUACGCGAUUCCAUGUCACAGCACUACACCUCCUCUCCCAGGAGGGCAAUGCACCAGAAGACUUUGUCGAGCAGCAAGAAAUCGAGCAACUUGCAAAGGCUCUUCUUUCCCUCCGCGACGCAUAUGACGAUUGUAACGAUCAGGGCAUCCGGUGCGAGAACGAACCCGAGUUCCGAGCUUACUAUCUGAUCUUCCAUGCCCUCGAUUCGAACAUUAUUGAGACGCUACAACGGCAAUGGAAACCGAACCUGUGGAAAGACUCUGACGCGGUUCGCACAGCAGCUUCGCUCGUCGAGGCUCUUCAAAAUACCCAAGACUUCCAUGGGCCGAUCAAGGACGCACCUUCAAUGGCCGCCUCUGCAGCAUACCAUUCGUAUUUCCGGAUAGUCGAAGACCCAAAGGUUUCAUACACUAUGGCUUGUUUCGCCGAGAUUCAUUUUGCCCCUCUUCGUCGCUCCAUCUUGACGACAAUCAAGAGAUCGCUAGCCCGGCCUAGAGAGACAGCCAAGGAUGUCACAGCCGCCGUCCUCAACAAGUUCCUCCGGUUUGACUCUAUAGACGAAGCAAUUGAAUUUGCAGAGGAUCAUGAUUUCGAGUUUGGGAAAUGUGAAGACGACCCGUCGGAUAUCACUCGCUGGUAUCUCAUACUAGACAACCGCAAACGUCUCCCUUUUCUCCGUUAUCAACACCAGUUCUCUGAGAGUUUGGUAGAGAAGAAGCGCGGCUCCAGAUCUCUUCCAGACCUUAUCCAUCAGACAAUAUACGAAGACCCCAAUGCCCCGAAGCCAACGACUAAUGGAGAUGGCGAGGAGAGUCUCUUUGUCACGGAUGAACCGGAGCCAGUGACACAGGCACAGCCUGUUGAAUCAUCAAAACCCAACAGUACAACAACAAACCCCUUCUCCUCUUUUAAGCCGAAUGGAGUUUUGGGUAGCAACAAUGCUGUCAACGGCAACUCAGGGACUUUACUCAACGGGAACGCUUCAGCCUCUGCCUCCCCCUUUCAGCAGUCAACGCCUCAACAGAACCCCUUUGCUCCGACACCAGCACCGACAGCAGAGCCUGCGAAGCCAGCUGUCAAUCCAUUUGCAUCGGCUACAACUUCGACUGCGCCGUCGCCAUUCAGUAACGGUGUAGCAACCACCUCCAACGCGUCGUCAGGGGUUACAACAGGCCCUACAACAAUAGCUGCGUUGAACUCAUUUACCUCAUCUGCCACACCAUCGACUGCUGCUGGUCCCGCCAAGAGCAACCCAUUUGGCUGGCCACCUACGUCUGAAUCCCAGACAUCUAAAGCUCCUAGCUUUCCUUCUUUCACGCCCCAACCUGCUGUACCAUCAAAUGACGCUCCAACACCCCCGAGCAAGGUGGAUAAGCCUGCGGGCCUGUUACCUCCAGCUCCAGCAAGUCCUGCAGUUGAACCCACAAAGACGACCAACAACAACGCAGUUCCUCCAUUCUCUGCGCCAACAGUUGACGCCUUCCAGCCUCUGAAACCUACUCCACCUCCGUUGGGCAGCGUGGCUAAACCGAUCAGUGGACUUGGCAUUGGAACACAACUCCCCUCAACCGACAAGCAGGACAAGCCAGCACCAAGUGCUCUCAGCUCUAGUCCGGCUGUUACAUCAACGCCUCAACUGUCAUUUCCCGCCUUUUCGACCCCAUCCUAUCAGCCUUCACCACUUGGCAUCACUCCUCAGCCUGCUACUACUUCACCUCCCAAACCAACAAUCCAGACACCACAACCCCCGACUCUUCCACCAGCUCCUCUAGUACCGCCGGCUCCACCACAACCGCCUCGUGAUCUCAUUGGAGACUUCACGAAGUGGUACGUGCUUGGCGAUGAAGGCAUGCUUGGUGACUUCCAAGCCUUUAUGCUGGACAACAUCCUGCAGGGCGUAUACCGGAAGUUUGUUAAGGACAAAGAAAGGAAACGACAAAAGGAAGAAGAAGAAGAAGCGCUUGCCAAGGCAACCGAGUUCCGAAGAUACACCCUUUCAGUCAGAUACUUCUACCGCUGGAGGGACACGGCACGCGAGCUACGACUUAGCCAACUUCGCCGCAGUGGCCGAGAGCAAAUGAGAGUGUACUACGAGGCACAGCGAGCAGAACAACUCAAGGCUCAAAAGGCUGAAGCUCGUCGAGCAGCACGAGAAAAGGCUGAACUUGCAGAGCUGAACCGGCACCGCCCGGAAGAGCUGAUGGAUCUUCUCAAGCACAAGAAGCCAGGCAAACGUCGACAGUCGGAGGAGGAUGCUCUCCUCGCUAGCGGUGUCUUGUCAGGGGUUGGCAACGAGCGAGAGGCCAUCGCGCAGAUUGUAAAUGGACCGCCAUUUGUGAACGGCACAGUGUCGAGCCAACAGUCGAAGCUGUCCAGGGCGUCUACCACUAGGGGCGGAUCCAAGACGCAAGCUCUACGAGAGCAGCUCCUUGGUGAUAGGUCCUCCACCUUCCGACGCUCGCUACCUCCUUCGAUGUCAGGGAACGGAUCAAGCCCUGAGCCAAGCAACCGCGUCAGCAAGGUAUCGGAACGUUGGCGCCUCAAGGCCAUGGGCAUUGUUCAGAUGCCCGACGGCACAGCGAUGCCAGAGUCACUAGCAAACGAAAUUCAGUACGGCAAGAAGAGGCACUCAGGAACCGGCACUAUGGGGCCACCUAGUAGCAGCUUCAUCCGUCGAGCCUCAGUGAGCGACCUCGCCCGUUCCGAAGGGGGCCAUCGUCUAUCCAGCUCACAAGGAGCUAUCGACACGACCGAAUUUGACGGCACAGCCGCUAAUAACAAACGGAAGCGUACCGCAGAGGACGAUGAAGACACGCCCCAACAAGGGACUUCCAACACGCACAAACGCGUCAUGAGCGACGCGCAGAAGCUGAUCAGCGAACUUCGCGCUAUGAGGGCGGAGAUGGAAGAAGGGGCUUCCUGGUUCCACGAUCAAAACGAGAGAUUACACAGCGAGAUGAUUAGCCGCGGCUCGACGCCGUGGGAUCAAGAUUCAUGA